AUGCCGAGGUCGGGCGGGAGGACGUGGGUUGGGUUCGCCCUCUGGAUUAUCUGCGCCAGCUGUCUCUGCCUCACUGCAAACGCGCAGUUCAGGAUCCCCCCCGAAACGGUUCAACAGUGGGCCAAUACCUUUGCUGGGGAAAUAUACUCCAUAGUGACCAAAUACUCUGGAUCCGAUUUGCUGCAAAAGAAAUUCAAAGACGUGGAGCCGAUCAUCAGGAUCGAUGAAGUAGACGGCUCAGCGCUGGUGCAGAAGUUUGCCAAAGAGAUGGAGCAGAUGCUGGGGCGGAAGAUGAAGUCGGUGAAGCGACUGGCAGAAGCCGCAGAGGAUGCAGACUUGUACCACACCUUCAACGAAACUUUAGAGUUUGACUACUACAACUCAGUGAUGGUAAACACGAUGGACGAGGACGGGGAGUACGCUGAGCUGGGCGGCGAGUUCGUCCUGGAAGAAAAUGAGCACUUCAGCAAACUGUCUGUCAACACCUCGCUGAGUGACAUCCAGGUUCCCACUAACGUCUACAACAAAGACCCUGACAUACUCAAUGGCGUCUACAUGUCGGAGGCUCUGAACACCGUUUUCAUCUCCAACUUCAAGAGGGACCCCACGCUCACCUGGCAGUACUUUGGCAGCUCCACUGGCUUCUUCAGGCUCUACCCAGGCAUCAAGUGGACUCCAGACGAGAAUGGCGUCAUUACCUUUGACUGCAGGAACCGAAACUGGUACAUCCAGGCCGCCACGUCUCCCAAGGACAUCGUCAUCGUGGUGGAUGUCAGCGGCAGCAUGAAGGGCCUGAGACUCACCAUCGCCAAGCACACCAUCAGAACCAUCCUGGACACACUGGGAGAGAACGACUUUGUCAACAUCAUUGCCUACAAUGACUACGUGCACUAUGUGGAGCCCUGCUUCGAAGGCUCUCUGGUCCAGGCGGAUCUGGACAAUCGUGAGCACUUUAAGCUGCUGGUGGAGGAGCUGCAUGCCAAGGGGCAGGGGAAAGUGAAGAAGGCCAUGAAGGAGUCCUUCCGAAUCCUCAACGAGGCAACCGCCCAGGGUAAAGGCAGCCUGUGCAACCAGGCCAUCAUGCUCAUCACGGACGGGGCGAUGGAGGACUUCCAGCAGGUCUUCGAGGACUACAACUGGCCUGAGCGAAAGGUUCGCGUGUUCACUUAUCUCAUCGGCCGAGAGGUGACCUUCGCAGACAAUGUGAAGUGGAUCGCCUGCAACAACAAAGGGUACUACACUCACAUUUCCACGCUGGCCGACGUGCAGGAAAACGUCAUGGAGUACCUGCAUGUCCUGAGCCGGCCGAUGGUCAUCAACCACGACCACGACAUCAUCUGGACCGAGGCGUACAUGGACAGUGUGCUGUUCAACACCCAGGCCCAGAGCCUGCUUCUCAUGACCACGGUCGCCAUGCCGGUCUUCAGUAAGAAGAACGAAACACGCUCCCAUGGCAUACUCCUGGGUGUGGUGGGGUCUGACGUUCCUCUGCGGGAGCUGAUGAAACUGGCCCCCCGAUACAAGCUCGGAGUUCAUGGCUACGCCUUCCUCAACACCAACAACGGCUACAUCCUCUCUCACCCUGACCUCCGACCUCUGUACAAAGAAGGAAAGAAACUCAGGCCCAAACCCAACUACAACAGUGUGGACCUGUCUGAGGUGGAGUGGGAGGACACAGAGGAGACUCUCAGAACAGCAAUGGUGAAAGGCGAAACAGGCACAUUCUCCAUGGACGUGAGGGCCUCAGUGGAGAAAGGGAAAAGAGUUGUGUUCCUGACAAAUGAUUACUUCUACACGACUAUCAAAGACACUCCUUUCAGUCUGGGCCUGGUGCUGACCCAGGGCCAUGGAGAGUACAUUUUCACUGGCAAUGUUUCCAUUGAAGAAGGGCUUCAUGACCUCAUGCAACCUGACCUGACUCUUGCUGACGAGUGGACGUACUGCGAGACGGACAUUGAUCCACAGCACCGCAAGUUCACCCAGCUGAUGGCGGUUAUUCGCUACCUGAAAGGGGAGGAGUUGGAGAUGGACUGUAAUGAGGAGCUGUUGCAGACGGUCCUCUUCGACGCCGUGGUAACCGCUCCCAUGGAAGCCUACUGGACGGCUUUAACGCUCGACGAAGCCGGGAUCGAGGACGGGGUCGAGGCGGCCUAUUUGGGAACGCGGGCUGGCCUCAUGCGGAUGACCACAUACGCCGGAGUGGAGAAACGCGUGGUGACGAAGUUCCUAUCCCCGGCCGACACGGAAAACCUGUUCACCAUGGACCACUUCCCCCUGUGGUAUCGGCGAGCGGCGGAGCACCCGCCCGGCAGCUUCCUGUACUACAUCCCCAACCCCGAGAGCCGAGAUGGCAAGGGAGUCGUCGCCACCACGGCCGUGACGGUGACCAUAGAUGAGAAGAUGGCCAUUGCUGCAGCCAUAGGGGUGCAAAUGACCCUGGAGCUGCUGGAGACCAAGUUUUGGGCGAUCGCCAAACAGCCUAACGACACAGACUGCAGCCGCGUAGAUGGUGCCUGUCCUCUGGACUGUGAGGGCAUGCUCAUAAACUGCUACAUCGUUGACAGCAAUGCCUUCAUCCUGAUCACCAAGGACAAGAGAGAUGUGGGGAAGUUCCUGGGCGAGCUGGAGGGAGCCGUGAUGACGCGUCUGCUCUCGAUGGGCAUGUUCAGAAGGAUAUCGCUGUACGAUUACCAGGCCAUGUGCAAGAACCCCAACUAUCACGCCAAUAGUGCUCGGCCCCUCCUCAGCCCCUUCUAUGGCCUGGCGUCCGUUCUAAAAUGGCUCCUGUCUCAGUUCCUGCUCUUUUUGCUGGAGUUUAAUGUGUGUGGGCUGUGGCACUCUGACCACCUUGCAGAUGCAAAGGCUGUCUUCCAUUCAACUCACAAGCACAAGAAGGUGGAGAUCAUGCAGCCCUGUGACACGGAGUACCCCAGCUUCGUGCACGACCCCUCCAUCAAGGAGACCAACAGCUACAUCCAGUGCGCCCGCUGCCAGAAAAUGUUUGUGCUGCAGCAGAUCGCCAACAGCAACCUGAUAAUGGUGGUGAUCCAGUCCGACUGUGACUGCACCCGGAAGUACGCUCCCAUCACCCUGGAGCCAAAGGAGGUCAAAUAUAUCGCCUCGGUGAAGUGUGACAGGAUGCGGUCGCAGAAGAUCCGCCGGAGACCCGCCUCCUGCCACGCCUUCCACCCCGAGGAAAAUGCCAAAGAUUGCGGAGGAGCUUCGGAUAUUUCCCUGUCCGUGACUCUAUUCCUGGCCUCCCUGGCCACUUCCGCGUUGGUCCUGCGGUGACGGACAGGCCCAGGCUCCGCCUCCCCGGAGUCACUGGACUCGCGGUGCCCGAAACGUCCUGCACCGGGCAUGCGGGCUGCCGAAAUGUUCCUGUAAUCUGUAGCUUUUGAGCCGAGAAGAAUGCCCACCAGCACCUGUGACUCCUGAGGGAAGAUGCACCAGCAACACUCUGGGAAGGGACUGUGCUUGGGUCUACACCAGAGUGCAAAAACAAAAGGGCUUUUCAACAGUGUCUUAAAAUGCCAUUUUCCCUCUCUCUCAUUCUCAAAGUCGCUCAGAGGAAAAAUCGGACAUGUGUUUAAACAAUGGACGAGACACCUGCAAGUAUAAACGCUGACCGUUGUGGAGAAGAAAAAUCGCAUAUCAGUCAGUCGGCGUUGCAUAAAUAGGUAUCCAAUUCAUGCAUGUGUGUUGGAAGCAUUAGCCAUAGGCAUGUGACUUUUUCAAGACAUGUUCUGCAGAAGCGCUGGAGCCGAGAGAGCUGGAAUAUGUCUUCGUCUCCAAUCGGCUGCAGGGAUCCUGCCCUCUGCUGGACAUUGCGUCUCAGUGCAGCGCCAAUGUCCGACGAUGUCAGAGCAUUGGAACGGAGACCCACACUGAGCAAGAUCUGAAUCUCAAGAAGAUUUAAAAAUAUUUAUUCUAUGCACAGGUCACACACACACACACACACACACACACACACACACACACACUCAAGAACACAUGAGAGGUGUAUUUGUAUAUCUGCAUGUUUGUCAGUAAUAUAAGAAUAGGAAGUCCUGCUGUUGGUUUGUGAGCAGAUUGCAGGCUCCAUGCACACAACAGCUGCACACGAGAUUGUUGACACACCUUCAGCCUUAGAGUGGAGAAGGUCGGGAGAACAGGGUUUGAUCUCAUGCAAAAGCCCCGAAAAAGGUGCUCCUCGCUGUCUGCAGUUUUCAAUGGUUAUGCAAUGGUUUGUUUAAUUUAAUUUUGUAGGCAGACGUACAUUAUUCAUUCAUAGGGGUUAAAGGUGUCCAUAUGUAUGAGGUCUGGGCUUAGAGAAAUGCUCAGAAUGAAUUAGCUAAAUCCAUAGACCCUCGGGUUUGUUUUAGGGCAUGGGGUAAAUAGAACAUAGUCGGCCUCCGGCAAUGUUUGUCACUUUCAAAAGGGGUCGUUUUAGGGAAGAAGACAGUAUUGGAAUGUGCUCCUCUGAUUAUAAGCACUGUAAUCAAAAUGGUGGAGAGGUACUCUGCACAGCAAAUGACAAAGACAUGAACUGUGUAAAAAUUUGAGCAAAUAUUAUAUCACAUACUAUUCUAGAAGUCCAAUAAAUAAAGGCCUCAGCAACACUCAGCACCACACUGCACACAAUGCCACACCAAGUCCCACGUAGUAAUGUAGAGACAGACGGCUCCUUUUGUUUCACCAGAUACAGCUGAGACGCUAGACCAUUCCUCUUUCCGUCUUUAGCUCACUUUAGCCAUGUGUAUGCGUACAGACGUGUGUUGCAGUUCUGUGCUCUGUCAGUAGGUGUGAAAGCGAAGGACGUGAUGGGUUUGAGCUACAUUAGA